CGCUCCCUCUAGCUGCGAAUGUCGGAUCUGUCGGCGUAUUCCCCGCCGACCGAUGCGGACGACCCGCUCGAGUUCCAAACGGUCAUGAGGAAUAUCGUCGAGGGGGCCGCGUCCACCAUGCGGUCCUUCUUCACCAGCGGCACCACCCAGACCUCCGAAGAAGCGCCGCCGCCCACGGAGCCCUCCUACCAAAACACAAACAACACCUACUUCCAGCAGCGGCAGGAGAUCAUGCAGCAGGUCACAGCCAAUUGCACCGGCGGCAGCGGCACACACAAGCCGCGCAGCAACCAUUACGGAGAUCUGGUGGUCGGUUACCGUGGUGGUGGUGGCGAUGGGGCGAGGGAGGGGCUGUACGGAGGCGGUGCGCGUGUGAAGGGCAAGGGCGGGCUGGAUGUGUCGAUUGCGGAGCGGAGGGGUAGGCGGCUUGUGGUCACGGCCAACAAGGAAGAUGAUGGUAGGUUUCUCGAUAUGUGGAGGGAUGGAUGGAUGGAAAGAUCUGUGCACGCGUGUGGCGUGGCGCUUUCUUUUCUCACCCCUCCUGUCCUGUCUGCAUUGCAUUGCAUCUGUGUGUGCUGUAUGUAUGGGUGCGUUUGUUUGUGUUGCGUUGUGUUGUGUUGUGUGCAGGUUUGUGCAAGUCGACGUUUCGGUACGCGGCCAUGCCCCACGCCCGCAUCUGUGUCGAUAGCGUGGAGCAGCUGCCGUCCGUCAACUUCAGCCGCAUCGUUUGCGGAGAUUUCAAGUACACACCACACCCACACCACUCCCACACGCCAUCCCACCCCUGUGUGUGUAUCCUCCCCCUCUGCUCUCUGUCCUCUGUUAGUGUGCGUUGUUACGGCCUGCGUCUGAAUGACGUGCGCGUGCCCAUCCGGAGCACCACCAAGGCGCUCAAGAUCCAGGUGGUGACUUCCCAUGCAUCAUCACACGCCACAGACGGCGACCCCAACACCCCCGGCACAACCACAGCCACAGCCACAGCCACGGCGGCACACACUACAGGCUCAGCGCAGCUCAAACCGGACAUCCAGCUGCUCCCCAACAUAUGGAACGACCUCCAGGUACCGGUGCGAUGGAUGGAUGGAUGCGGCACACCCAUUGCGUGUGUGUGUGUGUCGUGUCGUUGUGUGUGGUGUGGUGUGGUGCAGGUAGCCUUAGGUUUGAAGGAGGAGGAAGACACGCCGCCCGAGAAGAUCGGCGUGGACCACCCCUACGCCGACAUGAUCACCCGCGCCGGCAGCAAGGGCUGGGGCGCCAUGGCCAAGACCGUCAAGGACCUGCCCACCUACCAAAUCAAGAUCCCACUCGCGCAAUUCGAGCACAUGACCAACGAAAGUAAGGCACCCACACCGACCAAUGUGUGUGUGUGUGUGUGCGUGUGCGUGUGUGUGGACAAUGGAAUGCCGAUCGAUGUAGGUACGAUGACGCUGGCAUUGCGUCCGGUCGAUGCGUAUGAGGAGGCCAUGGCCAAGGACUACCCCGAAGAGCUCCGCUAUGAGCUAAUGGAGUGAGAGGAGGGAGAGUGGCGGGAGGGGAGGGGAGGGGCACCUGGGCAGAGAGAGAGAGGUGUGUGUGUGCAUGUGUGUGUGUGGUGUCGUGUGGGGUGUGGGGUGUUAGGCGUUUGGAGGAGGCCCAGGAUGAGUCGAAGCCCAAGAUCACGUUCCGCAUCCAGAUACACGACCGGGUGGGUAAUCAUGGCACACACACACACAUAUAUUCAACCAACACGACCGUGCAAAUCUUUCUCUCUCUCUGUGGCCUGUCUGUCAGGGCGUCAUCGACAUCGAGAACCCCCACACAGGCCAGAAGCGCAAGUACGGUGACAGACACACGGACACACACACAAAAGACAGACGCAUGCAUCGCAUCAGACCACACCCCAUCCAUCCAUCCAUAUGUCUGGCUGCAGUAUGUACGUGUGCGACCCAGAAGACCCGCUCGACACGGCCCUGGGGGAGCUCGUCAACGCCAAACCCGAAUGCAUGGACAAAACCAACAUAGCCCGACAGGCCAACGGGUGGGUACCCAUCCACUCACACACACACCCACACCCAUGUGUGUGUGUGUGUAUGUGUGUGUGUGAGCAGGUGCUACAUCAUGUUUCAGCAGCGUUUCACGAUUAGCAUGGUUGAGAGCGUGCCAGGCACGGGUGUGGGUGUGGGUGUGGGGGGUGGGGUGGGGGAGGGGGGCUCCCGGUUCCUGAUAGUCACUGACCAGGGGGGCCACCGCCGACGUCUAGAGAAUCUGAUGUACGGGUGAGUGGUGGGUGGAUGGAUGGGGUGGAGGGGUGAAGGGGUUGGGAGCGAAGAGUCGAAGACAUAGACACACAGAGAUGGAUGUCCGUGUGUGUCUUUGUGGGGGUGUGUGUGUGGUUCAGUACUCCUGACCGUCCGGACAACGCUGAGUUGAUGUACGCCCGGCCCGUCGACCUCACUGCCCAAAUGCCGCCCGAACCUAUAGGCACGUCAUACACACACACACACACAGAGAGAGAGAGAGAGAGAGCGAGCGCGGUGUGACGCAUUUCGACCCUCUCUGUGUGUCCCUCCGUGUGUGUGGUUGGCCAGUGUCUGGUGCUGCUAGUGUUUCUGGGCCAGUGGUGCACAGCCCCGCCUACGUGUCGGGCUACGCUGCAUAUGGCAACCCCUACUACCCCUCCCCUGCUGCUGCUGCUGCAGCCAUCGACCCAUCCACCGCUGCAGCGGCAGUGGCAGCAGGCAUGCCGCAGUACCUGACCAUCACGCAGCAGCCGCACCAGGCCAUGGCCGCCCCCUACCUCACACACACGGGCAUGGGCAUCAACACUGACCAACAACCACCCCAAUACAGCAUCAGCUACCCCAAUCAACAGCAGCACCAACAGCAGCAGCAGCAGCAGGCAUACACAUCAUUCCCACAGGUGAAUGAAGCGAUGAAGGGGAGAGGGAGGGGGGGAGAGAGGGAGGGAGGGAGGGAGGGAGAGAGGGUCGGCCUGCCUGGUGUAUGGCCAUAUGUAUGUGUGUGGGCAAUGUGUGUGCGAUGGAUGGAUGGAUAUGUCAACAGGGAGGCGUAAGUGAUUUGUCGAUGGCGUCGCUGCCCUACGGCUACCCCGGCUACCCCGGCGCCCCCACGCUGCACCAGCCCACAUACCAUUCGGCCACACUCGUGGCCGCACCCACCGCAGCAGCAGUAGCGGCGGCCUCUGCUGCAGCAGAGGCUGCCGAGGCAGCCGCAGAGGCCCUGCCCGUCAAAGUGGACCAUGACGGUGGGUACCCUCACUCUGCACACGACAGACACAAAGACAUCCAUAUGGCUGUCUGUCUAUGGCUGGGUUUGUGCAGAUGAGGAUGGGGAGGGAGACGGGGAGCGAGAGGGCGGCAUGGACGACAGGCAGGACACCACACAGCAGCAGCAGCAGGCAUACCAGCAGCAGCAGCCGACACAGAUGGGCGCCUACUCGUCCCUCUCCCCUGCCAUUGGGCCCUUCGGGCCCAUUCCCAUCGCACAUGUGCCCAUCUACGGCCAGCCCCAGCCCUUCUACCAACACCACCAAGACACCACCACAGCCACAGCCACAGCCACAGCCGCUACACUGGCCAGCCACACCCAGGCAGCAGCAGGAGCAGGAGCAGGAGCCGCCCCAUCCUCCACUCAGUUCGACUGGGCGAGUGCGGCACAGGAGGUGGUUGCGGGUGGGAUGGGAGUGGGUGGUGUGGGUGGUGUGGUUGGUGGGCUGUAUAGCUAUGGCACAGUGCCAUCGACGGUGGGCGGGGGCUAUAGCUACCCCGUGUACUCGAUGACCACUGCUGCUGCUGCAGAGGCGGCCCCGGCCGCCGGCGGGGCUUCCUACUCACACGAGGCGCAGACGCAGGGGCAGUACACACAGGUCGGUGCCCAACACACCACACCCAGCCCCCACACACGAGGCACCAUCUCUCUCUCUCUCUCUCCCCCUCUCUCUCUCUGCUGCUAUAAAGGCCUCUGCAGAGAGCAUCGCAGCGGCAGUGGCGUCCAGUAGCAGCUAUGCGGGUGCGGGUGUGGGAGGAGGGUAUGCCGGUGGUGUUGGAGUGCCGACCCCUCUGAGUGCAGGGGGCCCCGGGGCCGCCAUGGCCAUGACGGGCAUGACGGACAUGCAGAUGCAGCAGAUGCAGGCCGUAGCGACGUCAUCGCAGCAGCAGGGGCAGGGACAGGGGGAGGCCAAGACGGCGGCGGGUGGGGGCAAGACCACUUCUAUCAACUGAUGGACACACACACACACGGACACACACAUGAAAAUGGUAGCCAUAGUGAUUGCUGGUUUUGCUCAAGAAAGAGGGAGGGAGGGACGGGUGGGCGGGGCGAACGAUGCGGCCGUGAGGGGAGGGAUGCGUGUGAGGCAUGUGGUGGGUGUGGUGGGUGGUGACUCAUGCAUCUAGCAGCUCACUUAGCAGACGGUAGCGAUAUCUUGACGAUUGAUUGGACUGACCGACGGCCGGCCUGCAAGACGGGGCGCGCACAGCCAGCCGUGCGCUUGAUGUGCAAGCUGCCUGCUUGCAUGUGUGUGUGAGUGUGUGUCGUUAGCUGCCUGCCUGGCUGCCUGGAUGGAUGGAUGGAUAGACGCGAUCACACGGGGUGAAGGGUCAUCGUCCAGCAACCAGUGAGUACAUUCAAGUAGGAGCGCUAGCAGCGUCGACCGGUCCAUGCACAAAGAUCCACACACAUGGAUACUCGCACGCACAGACAACCAACCGCAGUCAAAUCUCU